AAGAGCCAGAUAUCUGGAAAACCAAUUUCAAUUUAAAGGACCCCGUCGCUAGAUAAUAAUGACAUCUAUUGUAUUUUAAUUCUUGUAGAAUCUCCACGUCCUGCUGGGAAUGAAAAGGACCCUGGCUCUUCCCACAACAUCGGAGGGGCCAUUCCUUUUCAUGAGCCUGAGGGCUCCGAGCCAGCAGAGUCUAUGACCAGGGAUACAGCCAGCCCCACCAAUUUCAUCUGGCCUUCAUUUGUAAGUACAUUGUAUAAAUGUUACAUUUAUAUAUACCGUAUAUAUACACACACACACAAUUUUGUGACUAUAUGCUUAAUGUUCUUUUAUUUAACUUGCCAAUAUUAAGACCUCAUACAUGAUAUAUAUAAGUGUUGAGAUGACAUCCUGCUUAAUGUUGGUUUCUUAAUAUGCUUUAAUUCAGGAUGCCACGGUGGAGGUCCCUGGUAUAGUAAAUACUUCCGAGGCACUGGUGGUCAUUUCCGUGAGGGCUAAUUCCUAUGAACCACCAGCAUUGCCAGUUUUAUCGGGUAAGUAGGAUCAUGCACUGACUUCUUGAAGUUUAUGAUAGAGUUGAUCAUGCAGAUUUAUUAAAACACAGUCCAUCUAAUGUAUUGUUGAUCCCUAUAUCCGGCCACCUGGGCCAUCAACCUUAGGGUCUCCAUAACUGGGGAGAAUUUGACCUUGUACUACUAUAGCAUAUAACUGAUAUCUCUCUGUCCUAGUAUUCUUAGUGCAUUUACGUGGAUUAUAUGGGCAUUUAUAUUUGCUUUUAGUAAUGGGAUACAUAUAUAUUUAUAUAGGAGAGUAUUAACACUUUUUUAUGAAGUAUAGUUCUAAUAUUGUACUUAUAAUGAUGAUAAACUGUAUUAUAAUUUUGAGACUCUAUUGUUCCAUUUCUGCAUAUUCAGAAGAUCCUGAUUGUGAUGCUGGCAUGUCCAAUAACAACGGACUUAUAGUUCCCAAUCAGGAGCAAGAUUCUGAGCCAGAGAAGGACACCGAGGAUGAUAAUUCCACCUCUUCCAGUCCUCCAUUACCACUCUGCAGUCCUGACUUUGGCUCAGAUUUUGCCAAUCACAUACAGGGUGCUGAAGGACCAUCUAUCAGCCCUGUUGAGCCCAGAUCUCCCUCACUUGGAAAUUUCAACCUGGGCCCAGUGUUGGGAGAAGGAGCAUUUGGGAAGGUAUUCCUAGCCGAGCACAAAAACACCAAAGAACUAUGUGCUAUCAAGGCCCUGAAAAAAGAGGAGAUUUUGAAAAGGGGCAACUUGGACAGUGUCUUCAAAGAGAAGGAAAUCCUCCAGAGGGUGAGUUCUGCCGAACACCCGUUCCUAGUGUCAAUGCAUGGAACCUUCCAGACGGAGUCUCACCUAUUUUGUGUGAUGGAAUAUCUCCCUGGAGGUGACAUGUAUGAAAUUGUAACAUCCGUGGAACUGCAAGAACCUGAAGUCAUGUAAGUAGAAUGGGAAUGAGGGAAUAAGUUUCUCUAAGGGGCACUUUCAGUGAAGCAUCAUCUCAGCAUAUAUUUUUACAAUGUAACGUAAUACACACAAAGCUACACCUAUCAUACAGAUAACUGCCUUUCUUCUCACUAUGAUCACCUCAAUUCUCACACAUCAGCUUAUAUAUCAAUAAAGAAAAAAAAAUUCAAGUAACUGAAUUUUAUUUUUUCUCUAUUCAGGUUUUACACCGCAUGUGUCAUUCUUGGCCUGGAGGCAUUACACCACCUUGGCAUUGUCCAUAGAGAUAUAAAGCUUGAGAAUUUGCUGUUGGACCGGGAUGGCUACCUUAAGAUCGUAGACUUCGGCCUCAGCAAAGACAGUAAGUGUUGCUUAUAAUUCUGGGGCAUACAGCGGAUAAGAUCAGAUUAUUAGGUAUUGUUAUAUUUAGAUAUAGUGUUAUAUAUAAGUGGCAUAAACAGAUCUGAGUGGCUGUGUAGUUUGAAAGGAAGCAGUUAAGGAAAGUCCCUCAUUACUUUACAUUAGGGCCCCAGAUCUGCAGUUUCCUCACAGUGUUUCUUGUGUUUAAGAAUUUGGAUACAGCGACCGCACUAACACCAUGUGCGGCACAAAAGCUUACAUCGCCCCCGAGAUCUUCCUGAAACAUGGAUACGGCAUGGCCGUUGACUGGUGGGCCCUAGGAAUCACCACCUAUAUAAUGCUCAUGUGUGAGGUAAGCACAAUUCCUAUAUUAUCAACUUACAUUGGGGAAUCAUUGGGGUUCAUAUUGAAACAUAUCUCUUGGGAAUGUUGUUUCGCUAAAGAAAUAAUGAUUCACUUUUUCAGUUACCAUUCAACAACAAAGACCCGGUUGAGCUAAUGCAGAGCAUCGUUUACGACAACAUCGAGUUACCAGACUAUCUAUCAAAGGAUGUCUCUGCAUUUAUAAAAGAAGUAAGUUGGCCCCAGCAAAUUAGUAUAAUGUGCCAUUAGUCACUUUGUAUACUAAGGGCAUACAUGCUGUAUAGUUAUUAUUAUUACUACAAUGAUAUAACAUAUGGCCUUUAGUUUGUUUUAGUGGCAGUUACAGGCUUUCACUGAACUUUACAAUAUGUAUUAUUACCCCAGAGAGUCCCUUCUAUUCCAAAGGGUCAGGCUAUGAAUGUCAGGAGCAGCGGGUACUCAGUUUAGUAAAGGGGUAUUACUGAUAAUGGCUUGUCCCCUAAAUACAGAACUUAAUCUAUGGUUCAUAUAAGCAGUUAAUAAAUUAAAAAAUAUGAGCUUAAUUAGUCCGUUCAAGCAGAUCAGUUACAUAUGCAUAUGGUUACUUUCUAUAUGGGGUUGGAAAAUUGCUUGUCUUUCCUAGGUGGAUACUUUCCCAGUAGAAUAAUAAAAUAGACAUAAACAAUAAUGAUUUAACAACGUUUGUUUUUAUAUUUUGUAGCUUUUAGAAAAAGAUCCAGAAUAUCGCCUCGGUUCGGGUGAGGCUGGUGCAGAAAUGGUGAAACAGCACCCCUUCUUCAAAGUAGGUUUCUAUUCUAUUCCUUUCAAUUUACAAACAGAAAAGCACUAAUGAAUAUUGCCAUAGCCUCGUAAUGCAUUAUAAUUUCUUGUACCAGCAAUUCUAGUUUUUGGACCAGAUACUCAUCAUUAAAUAUUACCUUUUCAUUUAACUUUCAGGAUAUGGACUGGGACCAUCUAGUACACCGAAGAAUAAGGCCUCCAUUUGAACUGGACAACCAAGACCACCUGGAGAGCCAAGAGAACCCUGAAUGCCAAGCUCCGGCACUGACACCGCCUGCUGUAAGGAUUCCAUCAGAGCUGCAAGAGGCAUUCAGAGGAUUCUAAAUGAACAUCAAAUAAGUAGACGGAAUAGAUGGGGAGGGUGGAGGGCCAGUCCAUAUCUAUAGAAGAAGUCCAUUCAUGAAGAUCAGAGAUCUAGAAUAUCGAAGAUCCAGAAUACCUAGAAAGAUCCAGAACAUCGCCUUGGUUCGGAUGAGGCUGGUGCCGAAAUGGUGAAAGAGCACCUCUUCUUCAGAGUAGGUUUCUAUUCUAUUUGUUUUGAUUUACAGAAAAAAAAGCACUAAUGAAUAUUGCCAGAGCCUCAAAAUGCAUUAUAACUUUUUUUUCCAGCAAUUCUAGUUUUUCGACCAGAUACUUAUUAUGAAAUAUCACCUAUCUUUCAGGGUAUGGACUGGGACCAUCUAUUAAACCGAAGAAUAAGGCCUCCAUUUGAACUAGACAACCAAGACCACCUGGAGAGCCGCGAGAACCCUGAAUGCCAAGCUCCGGCACUGACACCGCCUGCUGUAAGGAUUCCAUCAGAGCUGCAAGAGGCAUUCAGAGGAUUCUCAAUGAACAUCAAAUAAGUAGACGGAAUGGGGAGGGUGGAGGGCCAGUCCAUAUCCAUAUAAGAAGUCUAUUCAUAUAAAGUGAUGAUCAGGUGACCCACCUUAAUAAGUUCUGACUGAGUAGGCUAAUGUAGGAAUAGUCUGCUCAUGGUUUGUAGCAUAUUCCAAAACUUCACCUGUAUAACAGGCAAGUAAGAUCUAGUAGGUGAGAAUCAAACUGUAUUUUUAUAGCAAAAGCUGACACUGUAACAUCCUGCCUGGUUUUAAACCAGCACCCUGCAGGUUAUUAUGCAGUCUUUUAUAACUCUGCUCUAUGUGAGCAGAUAACUAAGUGCUUGGUUCAGUUUGCCCCACAAUACAUUCUGUAAUUACUGACUUAUUCUCUACAUUCGACAUUUGGCACCCUUGCCUGCCCCAUGGGAGUCUCUGGAUUCUCAUAUGGUAAGGCCUGUUAGCACCCGAGCAGCUGAGAUUUAGGCCCAAAGCCAAAGGUGGCUGUUAUAGAAGAGCAGGCCAAGACUCCCUGUGGUUUGGGAUUCCCUUAAGUGACAUACAUGAAAUGAAACCUGGCACCAAGUUAGCAAACAAACCAAUAGUUGGCACUACCUCACAUUGUUUGUAUUUGCUUUCUGGUAAGGUUGCAGUUGCCACCUUGGGAGAUCCAGAGAAGAAGAUAUUGAAGAUAUUAAAGAUGGUUACCAUGUUUAUCCACCACAAGAUAUGAGACAGCGUGGCAACGGUCAAAGGAACUCUUAUUCUGUAAUGAAGACCAUGGAUCGUAUACUGAACAUUGUACCAAACACUCACUGGAGUCCGUGUGAAGAAAGAAGCCUGUACCCCACCUUCCUAGUGCCACCCACUUUUCCUACUCCAAUAGGCACUAUUUCAUAUAUAACUUGUUUGUUCUGCUCACAUUAUGUAUAUAAUUAUACAAAUAAAAAUAUUGCUUCUAAGAA